UCGAGGUGAGCCAAGCUGGAGACGAGCGCGGCUCGCUUGGCGGGUUCGCUGUCCGUGGUACUGAAAGCGCGCCCACUGUCCAGCCCCUGUCCUACUGGCGGCCGCUGAACCCGCGACUAGAAGGCGUCGAGAGACACCCCCCCUCCCAUGGAAGAGAUGGAAGAGGAGCUCAAGUGCCCGGUAUGCGGCUCCUUCUACCGGGAACCUCUAAUCCUACCCUGUUCACACAGCCUGUGCCAGGCAUGUGCCCGAAACAUCCUGGUGCAGACGCCAGAGACGGAGUCGCCUCAGAGCCGACGUGCCUCGGGGUCAGCUGGCUCCUCAUCCGACUAUGACUACCUGGACCUGGACAAGAUGAGCCUGUACAGUGAGGCAGACAGCGGCUAUGGCUCAUAUGGGGGCUUUGCCAGUGCACCCACUACACCAUGUCAGAAGUCACCCAAUGGUGUGCGUGUCUUCCCUCCAACUGUCCCGCCAGCUGCACAUCUCCCACCGGCUUCAGCCACUGCCUCAUUGGCACCGGUGCCACGCAAUUCCUGCCUCACCUGCCCGCAGUGCCAUCGCAGCCUGAUUCUGGAUGAGCGGGGCCUUCGUGGUUUUCCCAAGAACCGUGUCUUGGAGGGUGUCAUUGACCGUUACCAGCAAAGCAAAGCAGCUGCUCUGCGCUGUCAACUGUGUGAGAAGAUACCCAAGGAGGCCACAGUCAUGUGUGAACAGUGCGACGUCUUCUAUUGUGACCCAUGCCGGCUGCGCUGCCAUCCACCACGGGGCCCCCUGGCUAAGCACCGUUUGGUGCCUCCAGCUCAGGGCCGGGUCAGCCGGAGGCUCAGUCCACGCAAGAUCUCCACUUGCACUGACCAUGAGCUAGAGAAUCACAGCAUGUACUGUGUGCAGUGCAAGAUGCCUGUCUGUUACCAGUGUCUGGAGGAAGGCAAGCAUUCCAGUCAUGAGGUGAAGGCGCUGGGCGCCAUGUGGAAACUACAUAAGAGCCAGCUGUCCCAGGCCCUGAAUGGACUUUCAGACAGAGCCAAAGAAGCCAAAGAAUUCUUGGUACAGUUACGAAACAUGGUUCAACAAAUCCAGGAGAACAGUGUGGAGUUUGAAGCUUGCCUGGUCGCCCAGUGUGAUGCUCUUAUUGAUGCUCUCAACAGACGGAAAGCCCAGCUGUUGUCACGGGUCAACAAAGAACAUGAACACAAACUGAAGGUGGUACGUGAUCAGAUCUCUCACUGCACAGUGAAGCUGCGCCAGACGACGGGGCUGAUGGAAUACUGCCUGGAGGUCAUCAAAGAGAAUGACCCCAGUGGAUUCUUGCAGAUUUCUGAUGCACUGAUACGAAGGGUGCACCUGACUGAGGAUCAGUGGGGGAAAGGGACACUCUCCCCAAGGAUGACCACAGACUUCGACCUCAACCUGGAUAGUGCCCCUUUGUUGCAGUCCAUCCAUCAACUCGACUUCAUGCAAAUGAAAUCUUCCUCCCCAGUGCCAGCACCACCAAUCCUUCAACUGGAAGAAUGUUGUACCCAUAACAACAGUGCCACAUUGUCAUGGAAGCAGCCACCUCUGUCCACAGUGCAGGUGGAAGGAUACAUCUUGGAACUGGAUGAUGGGAAUGGUGGUCAGUUCAGGGAGGUUUACGUUGGGAAGGAGACAAUGUGCACUGUGGAUGGUCUGCACUUCAACAGCACCUACAGUGCUCGGGUAAAGGCCUUCAACAAGACAGGUGUCAGCCCCUACAGCAAGACAUUGAUCCUGCAGACUUCAGAGGACUCCGAACCUGAGGAGCAGGCCCUGACAUUCCCAGUGCCUUUGGAAAGGCUGCCGCUGCGUAGAUCAAGUCCUUUCUCUUCCACCCUUAACCUGCAAAACAGCUUUCCGGGGAGAUCCUACUUUGAGCUAAGAUCCUCGUCCCACCAAAUGAGUUUGCACUCCUCUUUACAAUCUCUGAAUUCGGCCGGUUUUGAGGCUCAGUCAGGACCUUUCUCCCAAUUAGUUGAUAUUAAAAAAAUGGUAGCAGUGGCUUGGUUUUCGUUUGACCCCAGCACUGCUCACUCCGACAUCAUCUUCUCAAACGACAACCUGACAGUUACCUGCAACAGCUAUGACGACCGGGUUGUGUUGGGCAAAACUGGCUUCUCCAAAGGGCUCCACUACUGGGAGCUAUCCAUCGAUCGCUAUGACAACCACCCCGAUCCAGCUUUUGGAGUUGCCCGAAUGGAUGUUCUCAAGGAUGUCAUGCUAGGGAAAGAUGACAAAGCUUGGGCCAUGUAUGUGGAUAAUAACCGAAGCUGGUUCAUGCAUAACAACUCACAUACCAACAGGACUGAAGGAGGUAUCACCAAAGGUGCCACUGUAGGCAUCUUGCUUGAUUUGACCAGGAGGACCUUGACUUUCUCCAUCAAUGAAGACCAGCAAGGACCUGUGGCCUUUGAGAAUAUGGAGGGUAUAUUCUUUCCUGCUGUCAGUCUCAACCGGAAUGUGCAAGUCACACUCCACACUGGCCUGCCGGUCCCGGACUUCUACAAUGCACGGGGAUCCUUGCAGUAGAGACGCCCUCAUGCCUUUUUCUCAGGACACAUCAAGAGAGCUGCACUGACCUUCUUCAAGAAUUGACCUCACAGGAGCAAGAAGGAGAAUAUCUGGUCAUCUGGCAACUCCAAAGCAGCAAAAACCAUUUUUUACAUAAUAAUAAUAAUAAAAAAAGCAGAGGGGCAGAAACUAAAGAAAAACAAGGACAAAGCAGACUUUGCACCUCAACAAGGUGCAGCAAUUGACUCCCACCCCCCUACCCCCUAGUUUCUCUAACCCCACAUGCUGUGCGUGAGUUAGCUUUGCUAUUUUUGCUUUUUGGUUGAUCACAAAAUUCCUGGACAAUCCGAGGUGUAACUCUUUGUUUCCAGUUUGGUUUUAUUCCUUCCUAAAGAGUUUUUCCUUUUCCUUGAAUUCAAAUCAGAUGUCAUGACAUAGCAAAUGUGAUUGAACCACUUUGACUCCCAGAGAAGAGAUGGUUGUAGUCAUAUUGCUGUGGAUUAAGUUCAAAAAUGGCACGCCAAACAUUUCUACGACCUGUUGGCUUGCAAGAAUUGCUUUCUCUGAGUCCGUCUAACUUCAUCUCCACCUUCUCCUCCUUUGCAGUCUUUCUCAAUGAAGAAUAUCAUCAAAAAAUAUCGGACUUGGGUUGCCAUGUAGUUGGUGAUUGUAGGGACAAAUAAUAAUAAUAAUAAUAAUAAUAAUAAUAAUAAUAAUAAUAAUAAUAAUAAUAAUAAAAAAUACCACAAUGGAAGUUCCACCUUUGCCGUAUUUGCAAUGCAGUGUUGCAAUGUAGAUAUGAAAGGGUGGAGUUUAUGUUGUGACACCACAGCACAUAUCUUGUUUUGGCAUCAUCCUGGCUAGUUAUGGAAGCCUACGUGUGUCUCCAAAUAUCACGAAAUCCUUUGGAGACUAUCGCAUAAGCAGAUGACAUCAAAUAUAAUGGCCACAGGAUCCCAGAACCAAAUAAAAAAUUGAUUUUUAAAAAUGGCCCAAACCUCACAAGAUCACCAAAUCUCAUGAGACUAAUUUGGAGCAGGAAUGCCCAAUCUUUUACAUUUUUAUUGACUGCUUUAAAAAUAAGUUUAUAUUGGUUCCUGUGACAGGGAUGCCUUGUGUCUUCUUAUGGACUAUCCUGAGAUUAAAGAUUGAGAAUCUAUAUACAAAGCCAUGCAGAAUUAAUAGUUUUUAAAAGUCAGUGUUUUAUUUUUCCAGUGAAAGCAAACAGAAAGAUGAUCGUAUAAUUUCCACAGAAAUGGUAGGCAAGCACUUGUGUUGGAACAAAGAGAGCUCACAACAUCCACACACUUACUAAAGGAAUUAAUUCCUCAUUUUUAAUUCAUAGAUCACUUUUUCGAUCAUCACCAAUGCAGAAAAUGGGAAACUAAGUUUUUUUUUUCCUCAUAAACAUACAUACAUAUAUAGACUCUUAACCAGUAUUAAUCAUACACAUUAUCUUUGGUUUACAUAUUAAUUCAUUUUUCUUCCUUAAGUAAUUAAAAUAAGAUGGACUGCUUUUCUUCCCUUCCAUCUCUUCUUUAAACCCCAGCAACCUAUCCUUUUCAACUUUCCUCUUCCUCCUCUUCUUCCCUUCCUCUCCUUCCCCUUCCCUUCCCCCACUCUUCUCUUCUUCCUCCCUUCCUAACCUUCUCUCCUACUCUCAUUUCUCCUCUUUUUCUUCCUCUCCUCUUCCCUUUCUUCUAUCCUUCUCUCUCCUUCCCUCUCUUCUCCCCUCUUUCUCCUCUACCCCUCUACUCCUCUCUUCAUUCCCUCCCCGUUGUUGUGUUUUAUUUUUUGAACAACAUCAGGAACCUCUAGGCUACAUGCAGUGAGGCUGCCAUGUUUGUUUUUCAUGAUAGCAACAACAAUAGCAACAACAUUAGAGUUACAUCACAUUUUUCUCUUGGAUCUCAAGCUAGCUUACAUAGGAAUUCUUCCCUCACUUUAUUUCCCACAGAUCAUAGAAGACAGGUUCAGCUGGGUAAGCAGAAGAUAAAUGCAAUGUUGGCUGCAACCAACUUUGCAACUGAAACCAUGGUUGGUUUGCUGCUGAGAUGGCAACUGCAUCAGAUAUUUUUGAUUCUCUUUUGUUCAAAUAAUCUAGUGCAGCUUUUUUUUUUCCUUCCAGUCUUGAGAGUGUGUUGAAAGCAAGGGGGAUCUAAACAAUCUAGGAUUCUUAGUUUGUAUUAGUUUUGUCAUAUCCAAAGCCAGACUUUCCUAUAUCAUCAUCAUCAUCAUCACAAAAUAAUGGAGCCAAAUGCAAUAAACCCUAGCUAUGUUGCAGAAUCAACAUCCUGCUAGAGAAAACAAGUGGGUGUCAUUCAUAGAUAGCUAUUAUCUUCCGCCAAACCAUCCAAGAUGGUUCUACCUCUCCGUGACAAGCUAACAGAGAAAACAGAUGAUUCAGAUAAAUUCAGCAUACGAUUGUAUCUGAAGAGCCCUAUUGAGCCAUCAACCUAACCAAGACCAAAUGUUGCCAAUCUGCUGUGCUCCAUGGUAGUUGGGGAAAAACGCAGUCACAUGCGGAAAGCACCAUUUUGGAGAAUCCUGUCCAAGACUCGGACUCCUGCAAAGGCAGUUGGGAUUCUGGAUGCUGACCCGUGCUUUGGAUUCCUGGAUGGUUUGCAAAGCAACCCACUUGACUUACGGCUUCCUACAGAUGUCACUUACUAUUUUGGGAAGAUACAAGGCAACCAUUUUGCUAUUGUUAUUGUUCUUAAAGGGGAUUUCCCUGAUCAUAUAAACACAGAGCAUUAUUUCUUGACAAUAUUUCUAAAUAAACUAUGGGGAUGGGGGAAGUAUCUCUUGAGGUGUUUUUUCUGUUUCUGUAAGCAAACUAUUAUAUGGGUAUGACUUUCUCUUGAUUGUACACUGGCGCUUAUCACACGUCUUUUCUCCCAGACAUAAAUGUGAGCAGUUUGUCAGCCAUUUUAGGUAACAGCAUUUUUCAUAGCUAUAGUUAAAAGUGUUGCAUCUAUUUAAAAAAGAGGGCAUGCUGUAUCAGACUGAGCACAUGUUUGUGGCUAAUGUAUGGAAAAGCAAAGAUGACUCCUCUGUGUGUUCUUCUUUUCAAGACAUGAACUCUGCCAUGGUAACCAUUUCAAGAUUCCUAAGCUGUGAAACCAGGCCAAGUCAUGUUGGGUCAUCAAGAGAUGCUCCAUGACUUUGUUAAUAUUCUCCUUUAUCUUGAUCAUUGCUUUAUUUCCGUAUCCUGGCAUUGUUAACAUUUUGCAGUUGUAAUGCUAUAUUUCUGCUGGGUUAGAAUGAAUGGUUUUGCAGUGGCCUAUCAUUCCAGAAGACCUACAUUAUGUCUGGCUAUAGUGCAAAAUCAGAGAAGUAGUAGUGCCUAAUAUAAGCGGAGAUUGGUGCACAUUUAAUUCAUUAGCAUGAAAAAUUAGUUAUGGCCUAGGUACUCGUACAGUUGUAUGUAUUCUGUGGAACUUUGCUACUUUCUUUGGAAGAUCUAGAAGCUUGCUUGGCAAUGCUGUAAGGUAAUAGUUUGUUAUAAGUUUACAUCCAGCAAUGAACAAGGUAGCAAAGCAGUAAGUGAAUAUCAGAUAGUAGAAAUUGGGAGAGCUUGAAAACAGCUUAGAUGCUGUUCCAACAGGAGACAAAGUACAAAUGAGUGUUUUGAUGGUGUAGACCUGAGUUCUCCUGAAGUCCCUCAACUUGGAGAGAAGGACCUGAAAAGAAAGGGACUUCUUGAAACUUAGUAGUUUCAUGGCAGUUAGAAAUAGUUAAAUAAUUGUAUGGCUUGGUCUAGCUCAAAAAGAGAUUGUGCUGCCCAUGUAGGCUGUGGGUUUUAGAGUUUGACAUCACUUUCAUGGAGAUUGUGGUGGAUGGUCCUUCACAGGUUGGGACUUCCACUGCUACUGUGUCAAUGCAUGUGGCCCAUUUGGGGGAUUCAGAUUGGUGCUAUUUUAGAGGAAGUCACCUCUGAAAGUUAUGCUUAUCACGCUGUGCCAAUGGAUCUUGCUCCCCCCUUGAAGAUGACUGAUUAUUUAGGCUAAUUAUGUACAUAAUACAUUUCCCACAUUCGUUCAUUAUGGUUGCUGUCAUUGUAUUUUUUUCUCCAACCACAGAUAGCAUGCUGAUGUCCAUAGUCUUUGCUUUCAAUUUAGUGCUUGCUCUCUCUUUUUCUCUCUCACUCUCUUUCUCAAACACACACAUACACACCCCAAAGCAAGAAAAAAACCAGUUGUAUUUGACAAUAGAAAUAGUGUUUUUUUCUUUACCACUGUAUCAUAUCAUUAAAUUAUUAAUGAUUUGUUUUCAUUAUUUUAAUGAGGAGUGGAGAUAAGCCAAGAAGGAGCUGAAGAAAAAAAAAUCAUGUGUAACAACAUGGCCACAAAAAUAAAACAAAACUCUAAAACAAAACAAGAAAAGACAUGUCUGUAAAUAGGUUGCUGGUUCCCACCAAGGAUUCCUUCCCUGUAGUAUUCAUCUUUCUUCUGUGGUGAUGGUAUUCUUGAUUUGUUUGCCUUGUUUAUGUUUACCUAAUUUAUUCAAUGGGUGCUAUUUUGCAUUCAUAUUGUUAAUUUUCUUUGCUGCAAAGGAGUCAGGUUCCAAGAUGACACAUAUCUCCUCACGGUUUUACAUUUCUAAAGAGGCUUGGUGGCUGGGCCACUACAGCCCUGUUUUCCACAGACAUCAGUUCUGCUUCCUUACAAUGUUCCUGAUGCUUAGAAUAGAUUCCUAGUGAUGCAUAACAUGUCAUUGGCAAUUGUUAGCUCUAAACAGCUGCCCUCCAGAACUAUGUAUUGUUCUAAUAAAAAGAAUAGGUGGAGAACUACAAA